AAAAUAAUUCAUCUGUUCAUCGUUGACUUUGGAGUGGGCACCGACGCUGAGUACUUGCUAUGCAACAAAGACAUGCACCUGAGCAGAGGGAUUGUAGCAUUGAGAGGUUUUUUUAUAUAAAUAUAAAGCUCAGACUGAGAUAAAUCAACGCUAAAGAGUCUGUAGGUGCAGUGUUGCGUUUGGGUGCAGGGCUGAGACGUCUUCAUUGUGUGCAGGUGGAGCAGCAUCGCUCCGGAGGCGGUGGCUUAUCACUGGUUGUAGUAUGUGUUGAUGGUCGUUAUCGCGCUGCAGCGUUUUCGCCUGGACAAUAGAAAGAGCUUUUUUUGACUUAUGUCUCAAAUAGAAAGAAAAAGAAAAAGAAAAGAUCAGAAGCUGUGUGGGUUCAUGUGUGAGGCGUGCCUGUGAUUCAAGUUCAAACAGAAGCUGGAGGUGGAUAAGGUCACAUAGUAAUGACUCAGCAACAAUCCUGUCUGUGCCGAGGAGGAGAGUGAACUAAUGAUGCUCCGCGGGAUUUUCCAAAUGUUGAAGGGUUAAAAGCAGCUGGCUGUGGGAUGUGGUUAUGCCACCCCAAAGGCUUCCUGGAUCCCCAACCGUGAAAGAGAAAGGCUGAACCCUGCCCCCCCUCCCCAGGUUCCUGCUGCUCUGCACCCUAUCUUUCCCUCCUUCCCUCUCCUGCUUAUUCCCCUUUCCCAAUUGCACUAACCCCACCUGACCCUGUUACCCCUGUUAUCCUUUACCUCACAGGAUCUGUUUAUUCAGUCGCAUCUUUCCCAAACAAAUCCUUCCCCACAGCAACAGCAUACCCAGUCUCUCCAUUUAACUUAACCCCAGACACACUAGCCGUCAUUUCUGCAGGCCCUUGUCUUCCUCAUAGAGCUAUUCUUCACCCACUGGCUGCACGCCAGGCCCCAUGGCUACAGGAGGUCAUGCCCCAGAGAUAGAUGUGUUGAUCAACCUACAGCAGGUGAAGGUGGAGGAGGAAGAUGAGGAAGGAUCAGUGGAGGAACAGGAAGAAGAAGAGGAGGAGGAGAACUGGGAGAAAGCACUGUCCGUGGAGCGCUUUGGAGACAUCAUCAGUGACUCUGCUUCCACCAGUGGAGACAGGAUGGGCCGACACUACACUGAGAAAGACUUUGAAUAUCACAGACACACAUUUCACCACACACACCACCCGUUAUCCACCCACCUGCCCCUGCCCCAGCGUCUACGCAAGAGGGUGCACAGCAUGGACAGAAAACGCAAAAAGAAGCGGAAGAAAAAAAAGACCUCCCUGCCCCCCUCCGAUGUUACACCCACCAUUCAGGAGGUAGACGAGGAAGAGGUGGACUCUGAGCCAGACGGACAGGGGAUGGCUGCCACACCCACAGACCUACCUGACAUCCAACCACAGUUUAGUUUGGGGAGCCAAGAGGACUUGGAGGAACCCCUCCCGCUCACUGCUUUUCACAUGGAAAACGAAGAACAUCCAUUGCCGAGGAAAGCUGCACCCACUCUGAUAAAGGGGGAGACUCAUAAUGGGGGAAUUGCUGUUCUUGGACAGAAUGUGGAGGAGGAUGAAGAAGAUGAAGCUGCUUGCAGCAGUGUUCCCCCAGGAUCAGAUCUCUCAGGUUCAACCACGACCCGUGGCUGGUUCCGCAGGAAGCCUGUCCAUCAUCGUAUGGCAGGUGCCCAGCGGAGCAACUAUGACCUGCGAGAGCGGAUCUGCAUCGGCAGCAUGACUGCUUUGGAGACGGCUGUCUACCAGCAGGUGCCCACUGAUGAGGCUGAGGCCCAGAUGUUGGCCAGUGCUGACCUGGAUGACAUGAAAAGUCACAGAUUUGAGGACAACCCCGGGGUAAGACGCCACCUAGUAAAGAAGUCAUCACGAUGUCAGAUGACCCGGGCCAGAGACAGUUCCACACAACUAUGCAGCCUGAAGAAGAAGAAGAGAGCAGCGGAUAAGAAAACUCAUGAGUUGUUCGUGGAGCUGAACGAACUGAUCGUGGAUAAGGACCAUGAAAUGCGUUGGAAGGAGCGAGCUCGCUGGAUCAAGUUUGAAGAGGAUGUGGAGGAGGAGACAGAUCGCUGGGGCAAACCUCAUGUGGCCUCACUCUCCUUUCGCAGUUUGCUGGAGCUUCGCCGCACCAUCACACAGGGUGCCAUCCUUCUGGACCUCGAGCAGAACUCCCUGCCCGGCAUCGCCCACCUGGUGGUGGAGACGAUGAUCAUCUCUGAUCAGAUCAGAGCUGAGGACAGAUCCAGUGUUCUCCGGGCUCUGCUCCUCAAACACAGUCAUCCGAGUGAUUUGAAACAUCGUUUUCACCGCCAUCAAUCAUCCAGCAGUCUGCAUGGUAGCUUCAAUCACAACCACGUCCCGGACACCAAUUUGCCGCUGGUGGCCGAAGAGCCCGAUGAGAACCAGGAUAACAAAGGGCCAGUAUACGACCCAAAACAAGAUGUGUUUGCCAGCCUGUUUAAAUCCCUCCACCCUCUGCCUCCUGAGAGCCAUCCAGCUGCAGCCAGAUCGAUGAAACUCCUCGCCAAGAUUCCCAAAGAUGCUGAAGCUGUCAUUGUUUUAGCUGGCUGUGUUGAGUUCCUGGAGCAGCCAGCCAUGGCCUUUGUCAGGUUGAAUGAGGCAGUCCUUCUAGAGUCGGUGCUGGAGGUUCCCGUCCCUGUUCGCUUUAUUUUCGUCCUGCUCGGUCCCAGUCAAUCCAACAUGGAUUAUCAUGAGAUUGGACGCUCCUUCUCCACUCUCAUGUCUGACAAGAGUUUCCAUGAGGUGGCCUAUUUUGCUGAUGACAGACAGGACCUCCUGAAUGGCAUCAACGAAUUCUUGGACUGCAGCAUCGUCAUUCCACCCUCAGAUGUGGAGGGCAAAGACCUCCUGAAGACAGUGGCAGACUUCCAGAAGCAGAUGCUGCGCAAGAGGAAGGAAAGGGAGCUCAAGAGGCACCAGUCCUCAUCUGGAAUGGAGCAGAACAACAAAGAGGUGAGUCCGGAGGAGGAAGAGGAAGGAGACCAGGAGGUGGACCCACUGAAGCGCUCAGGGAUUCCUUUCGGAGGCCUGAUCCACGACAUCCGGCGCCGCUACCCACACUACGUCAGCGACUUAAAAGAUGCCCUUGACAUGCAGUGCAUCGCUGCCGUCAUCUUCAUUUAUUUCGCUGCAUUGUCGCCCACUAUUACCUUUGGAGGCCUGCUGGGUGAAAAAACAGAGGGCAUGAUGGGAGUGACUGAGCUAAUUGUGUCAACUGCAACUCUUGGAAUUAUAUUCUCGCUACUUGCCGGUCAGCCCCUCCUCAUCAUAGGCUUUUCCGGCCCCUUACUGGUGUUUGAAGAAGCCUACUAUAAGUUCUGUCAGGCCCACAACUUUGAGUACUUGACUGGUCGAGUGUGGAUUGGUUUCUGGCUCAUCUUCAUUGUCCUGGUGAUUGUGGCAGCAGAAGGCAGUUUCCUCGUUCGCUAUAUCUCACCCUUUACCCAGGAGAUUUUUGCUUUUCUCAUCUCCCUUAUCUUCAUCUAUGAGACCUUUUCUAAGCUCAUCAAGGUGUUCAAGGAACAUCCACUGUUGGCAACAUACCCCACCGACUCCACCGGAGCUGCUGGGAUUCCAGACACUGUUGACGCCAUCUACAACCAGCCCAACACUGCUCUUCUGUCUCUGGUCCUCAUGAUGGGCACUUUCUUUGUAGCUUUCUUCCUCAGGAAAUUCAGAAACAGUCGUUUUUUAGGUGGCAAGGCCAGAAGAAUCAUUGGUGACUUUGGCAUCCCUAUCUCAAUUUUAAUGUCUGUGUUGGUGGAUUACAGUAUUACUGACACUUAUACACAGAAACUCGAUGUGCCGUCGGGCUUCUCAGUCACCUCUCCUGAGAAGAGAGGUUGGUUCAUCAGUCCCUUUGGUGACAAGCAGCCCUUUCCCACCUGGAUGAUGGGAGCAUCUAUUGUACCUGCCCUUCUUGUCUUCAUCCUCAUUUUCAUGGAAACUCAGAUCACUUCAUUGAUCGUCAGUAAGAAGGAGCGUCGCCUGGUUAAAGGCUCAGGCUUCCACCUGGAUCUUCUGCUCAUUGUCAUUCUGGGUGCUUUCUGUCCUCUUUUCGGCCUGCCGUGGCUUACCGCGGCCACUGUGCGCUCCGUCACUCAUGUCAAUGCCCUCACCGUCAUGAGCAAAGCCACAGCACCUGGUGAAAAACCCAUGAUCCAGGAGGUUAAGGAACAGAGGCUGACUGGGCUUCUAGUGGCUGUUCUUGUUGGUAUGUCCAUAGUGAUGACGGACGUGCUCCGACUCAUUCCCUUGGCUGUGCUCUUUGGCAUCUUCCUGUACAUGGGGGUCACCUCUCUGACAGGCAUCCAACUGUACGAACGCAUCACACUCAUGGUCACGCCAGCCAAACAUCACCCUGACCACAUCUACGUCACCAAGGUGAAGACAUGGCGUAUGAACAUGUUCACCCUGAUGCAGCUGGCGUGCAUCGUGGCUCUGUGGGUAGUGAAGUCCACCGUGGCCUCCCUGGCGUUCCCCUUCGUCCUCAUCAUGACGGUGCCUCUGCGCCGCCUGGUCCUCUCCAGGAUUUUCGAGGAACGAGAACUCCAGGCGCUGGAUUGCGACGAGGAUUCUCCCAACUUUGAUGAAGACGGACGAGAUGAGUACAACGAGAUCCAUAUGCUUGUAUAAAUUUAAAUUGGACCCAGCUGAUACGACUUCAUCCAUCCGCCGGAUCUGACCAAGCCUGUUUGGAAACCUCAGUGUCCCUGCCCCGGGUAGCGGUGACAAAGCGAGAGGAGCUAAUGUAAUGGUGUUAAAUAUUCAAUAGCUGGAUAAUCACUUCUUACCUUUGUUUAUUCCAGUUUUUUAAAAAGAGCACACCUUAUGUUCUCUGUGGUGGUGGUGUUGUGUUAAACUCCCCGAAGAUCGUGUCAGAGGUCCAAAAAUAGUUCAGAGCACCCUACCUGAAAUGGACAAUGCAACAAAAAAACAAAAAAAAACCUUUGUACUCUAUUCAUCCCUUUAAUUACUCUGCAGGUUCUGGGCAUAAGUGCAAUGAUGAUGGUGACCUCUCGGACUACAGCAGGCUGGAUGAUUUAUUUAUUUGUCCCGAAAGUGGGAAAUAGGGUCAAUUUGCUUUCAUUUCAUUCAUGAAGUGGAUUUUCAUAAAAAGUCAUAAUUGUUCAUGUGAAUUGACCCUAAAUCUCAGAUCCCUGAAUUCCACUGCCUAUGUAGUUUAGCUGCCAUUUCCCUUUAUACUACUGCCAUUUCCUAUGGAUUGCAAUGAUGUGUAAACAAGGAGUUAAGUAGUACUUUUCCUUUCUGUACAGACUUUUAGUAAUGAGCACUUUGACUGGGCAAAAGUUCACUUUUGUCACUGCCAACCAAGCUCCCUGGCACAAAGCCUCCUAUCUAAAUGUAGUCUCCCCUUGAAGCCAAAAUCUCCACAGAGACUGUGCAAGCCUCUUCAAGGGUGUUACUGUACUUUGUUAGGUGUUCAAUGCCCAACAUACCAGUCCAGUGAACCCAUUAUUGUAACCUUGGACGUAUAAUAGUUAACAUGGUCUCAACCUUAUUUUUCUACUUUGUUGUAUCUUUUGUGACCUUUGGACUUAACGCUAUGCCAGAUUCUCAGUGAUGUUUGGACUCCCAACUAGCUUAAACUGCUAUAAGAGUUAGUAUAAAAUAAAAAGAACAUUGUGUAUGUUGACACAUUCAAAACAGAAAAUAAGUCAUUAUUCAUCAGUUCUUUCAUCUUCUCUGCAAUAUUUCCACAGUGUGGUUUUUCACUGAUGACAUGAAUGAUAUAAUAACACACUUGACUGGAAAAGCAUAGAAACUAAGCAAACACACAAGCACUGAAAACGCUGGGGAACAGUUGAGUGUUGGCAGUAUGUAUGAAUGAUGCAUUGUACAGUAAGACUGUGAGCUUGGAAUUAUAAUGUACCAUCUGUGUUCAGAGUUGUUUUGAAAUACCCAGGGAUUUAGUUCUCACCUCCUAUAUUGCGAGCCCACUAUAGAAUUUUAAUUACCGUUCAUGACACUUCCAACAUUUUGAGAAACCUUACUUCUGUCAAACAAAAACACCAGUUGUUGACACAAAAUUUCACAAGAGGCUUAAUUAUGCAGUAACAAGUUGUACACAUAUUUGUGUGACGCUCUUUUUUUUUUUUUUUUAAGAAGGCCAGCAUGUUAGACUACACUCACUGACAAAUAUUCCACUUGAAAUACAUUCUGUCAUGUUGACAUCAGGUCGAAGCGAUUCUGGGAGUUUCUGCCAGUUUUCUUGAACAGGAUUGAAAUAAAGUUUUCAAAGGAAAAAAGUGGUAGGCAAAGAUGAGAUAUUAGUACGUGUGCUGGGACUCAGUAUCUCUACAGUGCAGAGAGGCCGACUGCACUCCUGAUCAUUGAUCACAUACAAGGGCAAUAGAGAUUAACUGAAAGGUUUUAGAUGCAAAUAAUCGACCAGUUUAUGGUUUCUGCAUACUGUAAGUAAAUAGUAUGUAGAAUGCCUCACCUGUACUCCGUACCCACUGCAAUGGAUAAAGAAAUAAGUAAAGAGACACUGUGUGGCAGCUGACAAGGUUUCUGUAAAUAGUUAUUAAAUAUGACAAAGUGGUAAAAAUCAUUGUGUUUUCUCGGGAUAAUGAUCACUGCUGCAUCAACUAAAACUAAACUAAAGCUCCAAAGUGCGAAAAAAAAA